CUUUUUUUUCUUGGCUUCUAUUUUCCUUUUUUUUCCUUUCUACUUGUUUUCCCUCCCACGCUGGAAAGCAGGGGAUCAUGGGCCCCGGAUUCCUUUGAGAUGUUCUCUUCUUGUUGGUGUCAUAUGAGGGGGUGGGGCCUGUCUGCUUCAGGCUCCGCCCCCGCGGAGCAGCAGGUAGAAGUGGAGGUGGACAGAGGGAUGGUUCUGGUUCCCAGACCAGUGGUGGCGACACCGGUGGUUUGGGCCAGUCCAGCCUUCCUGUUCAGGCUGGUCCUGUCCUUGGCACUGCUGGUGUUCCCCUGCCCAGCCGUAGCUGCCAGAGUCUCUUCUUCCCUCAGUACCACCCACCACGUCCACCACUUCCACAACAAGCAUGGUACUGUGCCCAUUGCCAUCAACCGGAUGCCCUUCCUUACACGUGGAGGCCAUGCUGGGACAACUUACAUCUUCGGGCGAGGCGGAGCCCUCAUCACGUACACAUGGCCACCCAAUGACCGGCCGAGCACGCGGGCAGACCGGCUGGCAGUGGGCUUCAGCACGCAGCUGAAGGAAGCUGUUCUGGUCAGGGUAGAGAGCGCCAAGGGACUCGGAGACUACCUGGAGCUGCACAUAGAACGAGGAAAGAUCGGCGUGAUCUUCAACGUGGGAACAGAUGACAUAACCAUUGAGGAGAGCGCGGUGAUGGUGAGCGACGGCAAAUACCACGUGGUGCGAUUCACACGCAGUGGUGGCAACGCCACACUACAGGUGGACAACCAACCUGUAAUCGAACGCUUCCCAUCAGGGAACUUUGAUAAUGAGCGCCUGGCUAUUGCUAGACAAAGAAUCCCAUACCGACUCGGUCGGGUAGUUGACGAGUGGCUACUCGACAAAGGUCGCCAGUUGACCAUCUUCAACAGCCAGGCGUUCAUCAAAAUUGGUGGUGGUGGAGACAAGGGGCGUCACUUCCAGGGUCAGAUCUCAGGCCUGUACUACAAUGGUCUACAGGUGCUGAAACUGGCAGCUGAGGGUGACCCCAAUGUCCAGACCCAGGGCAACCUGCGGCUGGUAGGUGACGUACCCUCGGUGCUCACUACUGACACCACCUCCACCACCCCGUUGGCUGAUAUGUCCACCACCAUCAUGGAGACAACCACCACCAUGGCCACAACCACCACCCGCAAGCAGCGCUCCCCAACCAUGAGGGACAGUGUCACACAGAACACAGAUGACCUUUUGGUUGCAUCAGCUGAAUGUCCAAGUGAUGACGAAGACUUGGAGGAAUGCGAGCCUGGAAAUGGAGGUGAAUUAGUCUUGCCGAUAAUAACAGUGGACUCCCUAGACCCCCCGUCAAUCGCCACCCGCUACCCAGUAAUCCCUCUGCCCCCCACCACCUACCGCCCUUUCCUCACCCUUCUUGAAACCACCAAAGAGUCCCUACCCUUGCCCAAUGGCCGGCCCCCCUGCCCCUUGGACCAAGAGGACUGUGAGGAAACCAUCGAGGUGUCGGCAUACGGCUCAGGGGAGAUGACUGAGUCGGAUGAUGAGGACUAUUACAAAAAUUCACCCCUGGUAACUGACAGGACUGUUCUCCCACCUCCACCAGCUGUUGAGGGUGGUGUCCAGAACCCUCGUGACCGACAUGUCUCCCGCUUCCCCAACUCCCACCGUCCACCCCUUUCCUCUACCCCCACAGCCAACCCAGAUCAGCUGAGCCCACGUAUCAAACCCGCCGGCGGCGGCAGCAACAACAUCCCGGCUGGAAAAAUGAACACCCGGGACCAGGUGCUGCUGCCGCCGGCCCACCCUUCAUCAGAUCCAGGUCACCGUCGACUCCCAGGAAUAACCCACCCCCCAAAUUUCCCCCAUGUUCCCACUCCAGAUCCUACGUCUCCUGAGAGGGGCCUCCCGGGUGCCGUGGAGGUGCAGCAGUCGAGCAGUACUACGGGAAUGGUGGUGGGCAUAGUGGCAGCGGCGGCUCUCUGCAUCCUCAUCCUGCUUUACGCCAUGUACAAGUACCGCAACCGAGACGAGGGCUCCUACCAAGUCGACCAGAGCCGCAACUACAUCAGCAACUCAGCCACACAGAGCAAUGGAGCCUUGGUGAAGGAGAAACAGCCAACCACUGCCAAGACAGUUACCAAGAACAAGAAGAACAAAGAUAAAGAGUACUACGUCUGAGGGAGAGAUGCCGUGACACACAGAGACAAACAGCAGCUGCACUGAGGACCGAGACAAUUGCAGCAAUGGGAGGAUGAGAGAGAACCGGCGAGUUAACUAGUGUAGCAUUAAAAAGUCACAUUUUUAAAGCAGUAUUGUCAGAUAACCACGUUACUAGUCGAUCAGAGGGAGACAGCAACUUAUUCUGGAUGUUGGCUCUUUGCGCCUUUCAAUGUCGUUUUGAUUGAUGUGACAUUUGUAACCAUUAGCCAAAGUGUGGACUCGAGGAGAACCCUGAUCUCUAAAAAUACCGUGCCAACAACUGCGUACCAAGUACUGAUAAAACAACGAUUUAUGGGUUAGCUUGUUUAAUAUCUGAAGUACUGUAGGACAGUGCCCCAUCAGUAUUUGUGUCGGGGUCCAGACGCCAUUCUGAGGCUAGCUUGUGGUGUAGGUCAUCGCCUUUGACAGUAUCAACGCCAAUCUCCAAUAGGAGGUUACUACUGACAUCUUUUAUUGACAUCUGUCUGUAAAAUCUAUAUACUGCCAUUUUACAGAAACACCGAUAAAUCCGCCGUGGCAAAUGCACAAUAUCGCUAAUCUCGGCAGAUCUCUCUCUUCCUCCCAUUGGCUUGUGCACUCUGUUUCUCUCCAUGUCCACGGUGCUCAGCGGCUGAUGCAACCUAUCCUCUGCUGUGUUUCAAGCAUGUAGUAUUCAUUAACACAAAAGAAAUUUUUACUUUCUUGUGGAGUUUUUAAAAAAAUCAACAACAGCAAAAUAUGACGAUGACUGAUGACCAUAACGUUUAAAACGUAGCAACUAUGUGAGAUAACUACCGCUCCGAAUUAACGGAUGCCAAUUUGUGCAUUUAGCCGCCAAAACGUCGACGCCAAAACACACUUUGGCCGCUCUUUGUUCCAGCAGUUCUUUGUCAUGUGUUUUGGUGGAGCUAUGACGCGCCCCCUAGUGGGCCAGGAGGGAAACUGCUCCAUUCUUAUGGUUACUAAUCACAGAAAAAAAAUCUCCAGCAAACAGGAACUGUGUUCAAUAUAAUUAUAAAUAUAUGUAUAGACGUUGGAGAAAUCUAUGGACCUAUUCGUGAGCGAGCGCAAACGUAAGAGUUCGCUGACGCGCGCUCACACAUCAGUGAGCGGCAAAGAGGGACGUUGGAAUUUUUGAGGUCAGCCCAGUUCUACCAUCCAAAACGGUGUUCCCUAAAACCUCGCUGACCGCCUCUACUCCCCCACCAUCAACAGUACGGUUGACGCAAUGCCUUGGUCCAAGACUCAACCGCGUUGGUUUGCUCUUUCAUUUCCCAUUCUUUAUUUUUUCUGGAGAACUGAAACACUUUUUGGGAAAUUCACAAUCCAUCCUUGCUGGAGUUCCACUGUGGAGAAAGAGAGAUACCUUGCAGCGGAAUAAGCGACUGUCCUUUGGAACCUCUCUAGCCUGACUGGACUGACGGCAGCCAAUGGGCACUCCAAACUUUUCUCUUUUUUUUUAGAUGCGCGGAAAGGAGAGAUGAACCGCAGUUCCUUGGAAGAUGUACAACAGAACUCUAGUAUUCUAAUUUCCUCAACUAUAAAAAAAAACAAAAAACAAAACGAAAACCGUACCAUGAAAAGAAAACUCCUGAAAAAAAGUUUGUGAAAUGUCUAAAUAUUUGAAUCUCAUCCCAUUACUCGGAGAGAUGUGUUUUCCCUGCAAUCAUUCCUGUCUGAGAAGAAGAAGAAGAAAAAAGUACAACUGUUCCAAGAAAUUAAAAUUUCUAUGUAUUUGCUUUUCGUAAUUGAGAAAAUGUGAUUUGGGUUUAGGACAUGAAACCGCGUAUCCUCAAUGAUUCCGUCCUCGAUCUGUCCAUCCGGAACUAUUUUUUUAUAUCGAUUACUGACUAUAUGGUUCGAGCCAAACAGGCGGCCAUUUCACUUUAUGGCCUCCGUGGAUCCACCGUCCUGCCAUGUUUGUCUGGUUUCUCUUUCUCCAUUCCAAACAUAUUCCUCCCAGUAUCUUCCUGUUCUUUCUAAAUGUUAUUGUAAAGUGUUCCAGUGAGAUGACUCUAAAUAUGUGUACAUUAACAGAGGGAAUACACUUGGUUAUAUACUUCUUA